CAUUAAUUUAACACCAGCUGGUUGUUGACAAUAGAAACAAGCGUCGUCCUCGUCCUCUAUGGCGAAAAUUUCGGAAAUAUUUUAGCAUUUUUCACUGGAAAGUGUAUUUAAUUUGUAUGUGAAGAGUGUUGGCACAUAAUUGUUGCUAUUGGUGAUAAAAUCUUGCAAGACAAAUGCGUCAGUCAGCAUCCAAAAAGAAUCAAAGUGGCACAAGCCAGGCAUCGCCUGAAGAGCCCGAUGACAACAAUAGUAGGCAAAAUUUAAGUGGUUCCAGUACAAGUUCAAAUAAAAGCAGGAAAAGAAAACGUUGUGAAAUUCUUACAUUCAGUGAUUUUGAAUCAGAAUUUGAAGACUGUGAUUUGGAGGAUGCAGUUGCUUUGGAAACAAGGCUACGUAAAGUGGCGCGUAAAAAUGCAUUGUCUCAUGAAGAAAUGAUGAAACUCCUACACAAAUUCGUUAAAAAUGAACACAUCCUUGCACUCAUAACCUUGAAGGCUGAAGAUGAGCUGGCUCGUGAGAAACUUAAGGCUGAAGAUAGAGCCAUUAUUAUAACAGAUACUCCAUCCAUUCCAAAAUUAACCCGUUCGAAAGCAAAGGAACUCAAGAAGCAGCCGAUUAUUUCAUUGCCAAAAAUCCUGAGUGCAGAGCAAACAGAAAUAGCAUCACUGAUUAAUGAAGAGCUGAACUCGGACGAAGAAGAUGAAGAAUAUACAUUCAAAGAAGAAGAUUUCGUGUCAGAUGAUGAUCCAAACACAACUGCUUCCGAUUUGGACUCCAAUCCGCGAACUCCUCAAACUCCAGCCGUUCAAACCGAACCGGAUGAUUCACCUGUAAAACUUACUGAGGAUGGCUGUUUCAAGGUACCGCUUAAUAAAAAGGGUCCCCAAGAAGAGCUCAGAAUCGCAACUCGAACGCGAUCGAAAUUGUGUCUGCAACAAACCACCAUAGAAGAUAUUGAGUCUGAAUUUGUUCCACCCGAUGUUGACUACACUGAGCCGGCAGAACCAGAUUCUCAGGUGGUCGAUGAAGAUUGGAAUCAAUUUUUAACCGAUUUCUUAAAGCCACUGAAUUCUAGUUUAGUAGGAGAUGAUGACGAUCCCAUUAAUGACCCCGAAUAUGUUGCAGCUGAAAAAGAACUGGUUGACGCUGAAGAGCUGAGAGAUGUGAACAUCUCGAAAAAAGAAAUUGCGGAGUUAAUGACUGAACUUUUAAGUAACUUAAAUGAAGGCAUACCAUUUGAUAGUAUUGAGUUGGAGACCCCUCGUAAAUUCAUAUUGAAUUAUCAAGAGGAACAACAAAAUACAACACCAAACACAUCGCCGGAAAAAAUAAGCGAAAAUGCGGAAUGUGUAAGCCGACAAUUACAAUUUGAAGAGCAGGCAUCAAUUCAGGAGCCGCCACAGCAGCCACAAGAAUCUAUGCCGGAGUCAUGUUCUAUAAUAUCAUCAAAUAAUGUUACACAACAAAAUAUGUCCUUCCAUCCGGACGUUAUGUCCACUCCUUCGACUACGCACAAUGGGCAGAAUAUCGUAGAACAAUCUCAAGAAAACGAUGAAACCUUGGCAAUGAUUCCAGUGGCAACACCUAAAAAGAAUGCCGACAACUCCCCUUCAAAUACAGUAUCCAUUCCCGCCAACAACAUAAGUACCCAAGUUGAUGUAAUUGCCGUACCUAUACCUGGUCAACCAAAUUGUUUUCAACUAGCAAGGGUUGUCAAUUCGACAGAUGAAUUGAUGGAGAGUGGAACAAAAGUAAUUACCGGUUCGAAGUUUCUAAAGGAGAAAUCGAAGGGAACUGCUGCGCGAUAUGAUGUGCCAUAUGAAACAAAUUACUCCGGAGAAUACAUCUCAAUAAAGCGGCAUGCCAUUGCCGAGUACAUAGAUAAGUUUGAAAGCCUUAAACACGCGCAGGUCAAUCAAAUUUCAAGUACUACAACUGAAUCUGAAACACCGUCAGAUAAAGAAUUCACAAAAUAUCAAUAUGAUUUAAUGCAACAACAAAUGCGAAUACACGUACAAAUGCUAACGCAAACCUAUAUACAAGUGUAUUGUCAUCCCGAGCUGUGGAAGCUAGCAUCGAAACCUAAAGAGAUGCUUUUAGAGUUGCAGCAAAAGUCCCAAGAUAAUGCCAAUUUCAAAAUUUGGAAUUUGGAAAAGGCAAUAAAUCUUAUAAAUAAAUGGUCGCAUGACUUGGAUCAGGAUACUGAAGAGAAUAGAGCACUGAUGCAGUUUCUUCACCGUGAAGUGGAAUUGACAAAUCACAAUACUCGGCAGAUUCCAAGAUUCCAUCCCCGUCUCUUGGAUUGUUUUUUGGAAUCUGAUGUUUUCAUUUACCCCGAAUAUCUGCCACGAAUGCCGUUUACACCCAAGGUAUUAACCAUAGAACACUUCUCGCCGGUGGAAUGCUACUUAAUAGCCAUGGGUCUGGAGAAACACGUAAAUCUCAUACGCCAAAGAAAAGAACGUAUUUUUAAGAAAUCUUCGGCUGAACGAUUGGCAUGCAAACGAUUCACCAAAGAUUUGUUACCAGGAAAAAAUCAUCGGCGUGUUUGGGACCACAUUGUUCAAAUGAGAAAUGCUGAGUAUUACAAUCCCAUCAAGUAUUACUUUGAACACCAGAGGGCACCACCUGUAGAGUAUACACCUAUAAUUGGCUUUGAAAACAAUACCGUGCCCUUGCCCAAAGAUCGGUUUUCUGAAUUGCCACUAGUAUUUCAACAAUAUUUGCAAAAGAAAAACGCUCCUCCUGCGCCUCCGAAACCAAAAAGGAAACCCAAAAAUCCAAACGUGACGGUGUCAGAUAAAUUCAGAAAUUCAUUUUUUGAAUUUGUACGAGAAGCCGUAGGUGAGGACAUUCUUACUGAGGAAGAGAAUAUUGAUGAGACACCAGUUCAGACACAUCCAUGUGAAUCGCAGACAUUGUCGGAAAACAAUACUCCAACUACACGAAAAAGGAAUUUACCAAGCAACGACGCACCCAAAGCAAAAAGAAGAAGGCUUCCCCGUUCAUUGACCAUUAAUGUAAACUAUGUUUUUGGCAGUCCUCCAGCUACGAACCUGCCCUCAAUACUUCCAAAUACUUCAAGUGUUGCUGGUCUAAAUAAUACCACAUUACUAUCGUCCGCCAACAAUACUAGCACAGGAAGUCUCUUGGACGCGACGUCGACAAAUACAAACGUUGAUCAUAUAAACCGAAGUUGUAAUGCCAAUAGCUCAACCUUGGAUGUACCAGUUGUGACGUACAAUUUUGAUGUGACUACAAAAACACUUCAGCCGCAGUAUGGUCAGAUUUCAACAACAUUUAGUCAUCAGUCGGCUGAUAUAAAUACUGCAUCAAUCGAUACCGUAACGAUCUCUUCCGAUGAUUCCAUGCAAGGAAUAAAUCAUGCAGCGGACACGACUGCAUUAACUCAAGCCGCUGAAGAUAACUCUCAAAUACCAGCACCGGAAAAUUCAUCGACUGGCACAGGUCAUGCUGAGCCAACACAAUCUCCCACAACUACAAUAGAUAGAAGUCCUGAGGCAAACAACUCCACAGUUACAACAUCCGGAGAUCCAGCACAGUCUGCUACAAGUACAACACCAAUAAACCCCACCACUGCCAAAAGUCCCCAGGGGUCCAAACGGGAUACAACUUCAAAUUCAGAAAGAGAUAGGUGUUCGGACGCUUCACAAUUAAUUACAUCUGUAACUACCCUUUCCAACGUAAAAUCUAUUAACACGACAAAUAGACAACCUCAGCAGAUAGACUUAGGAAUAGUUUCGAAAAAUUCCCAACCAAAUGCAACAUUCAGUGAUGGCAACAAAGAAAAUUUAAAUACCACACUAAAAACAAAGCAGCAGUGUGGCAAAUACCGGCGUAGAACUGUUAUUCUAUCACACAUCACAAAGUUGAAUAGGAGUAUAACCCGAAAAUCAAUAGCCUAUCGAGAAAAACGAUCUAUUAAACAACGUUGCGAAGAUUUAAUAACCGCCUACGGAUUACAUUUGGAGACGCUGCAGGUACGCCACAAACACUCACCAAUUGUACAACAUUUCUAUCGAAGGUUUAAGGCUUUGGAAUUGUACACAAACCUGCUAAAGGGCUUGAAAAUGAUUUGCAACAAGAGUGCCAGUAACAACAAUGGAGGAAACUCCAGUCCCAGUGGCUUAAAACGUUCCCGCAAUUCAAAUGCCGAAGAUGAGAGCAGUCCAUCAACUCAAAGAAUGGCUAGAAAAAUUAAUCGGCAGGAGGAGAACUUCAGACACAUGUUACUGCCUGAUACUCCAGAGGAAGCUAAUCGUAAAGAUGCAAUUUAUGCAUUUAAUUUUUAUGAGAAAGUGGAGGAAGCAUUCAGGGCAUCCAACAGGGCAGAUGAUUGCAAAAAGUUUAACACUAUUUUAAAAACAUUUGAUCCCAAAAAGGACAAAGUAUCGGACUUAUAUUAUAAAUUGGAAAAACUGUUUUUGCCAGACCAUCCAGAAUUGGCACAAGUAUUCCUGACAUUUCUCUUGCCGUCCGAGGCGGCAGAAAUUGGAAAAUUUUUUGAACACUUUAUGAUAACUAAUAUGACAACAUUCAUCAACAAAUUGAACAUCUACUUCAACAAACAACCUGCCCAAAUUCGCAAAAUAUACAAUUGCCUCAAUGAAUUAGCUGAUGAUCCGGACGUGACUAUGAAGAAGAUUGAGUCGAAAAUCAUACCCCUCCUAAAGGGUAAUCAAUUCCUAAUAGACUGGUUUAUGCAACAGUUUCCCAAAAGCACUCCUCCCGAGAGAUUAUUUUCGACACCGGAGCAUAUAUUGAAUGUUAAAGAACAGCAAUCGAAUCGUCCAGGUGAACAUGUAGAGACAAUUACGGACAUGGAUUCAAGCGUAAAUGAUACUCAAAACCAGGCGCCCACUUGUCAGUUAAGGUACAUUAAUGGACGUAUUUUUUAUGGAUCUAAGAUGUUACUGCCCGCCAAAUUGUCCUUUAUGGCUGUGUCAUACAAAGACAAUCGAACGUCUACACCACCUGCACAACCCUCUCAGACUCAGAUUACUGGGUGUGUCCACGCUAUUAAGGACCACGGCGAAAAACGUUUGCAAUCUACAUCGGAGCUGGCAAACGUUGCAGCCAACACUGAGUCUACCGAUGAACAGGACAAAUCUGAAGAGGAAGAUGUAUCGAAGGUUCUUGUAAUCGAUACUACAGCCGAAGAAGAUGAUAGUUGUUCAUCGUUUGAACCUUGUGAUGAGAAUACUCUGAAAGCACAUGCUUUGCGACUGAAUCCGUCAUAUUAUGGCUCCACUUGUUAUUCGGCAAGUGCAACGAGUACACCCAAUUUAAAUAGUAAUUUCCAAGGUCAUCAUCCCAACGCUAAAAAGGUAUCAUUGAAUUUCAAUGAGGAAGCUUCCACUGCGGGCAAUACACCAGCCACCGGAAAAACAUCGCCUCGCAAAAAUCAAGGACAUCAAUCAUUAAAUUCACCUUCGUCCACUGCAACCUCUUGUCAGUCACAUGCAAAUGUCCGUGAAAAACGAAAAUCUCCGAGUAAGAAAACAAAAUCUCCGCUGAUACAAGGCACCGGCAGAGCAGUUCGGUCGUUCGGCAACCAACCCAUGGUUGUCAUACAUGAAAAUAAUUCAGCCAUACAGUGUGCAAAACGUUUAAAAUCCAUGGUUGAAACGCCAUCGGAUGAGCAAAACUUGAAUGAAGACACCGUUGUUGAUACCAAGGAACACAUAAAUAUUGUGGCCAGAACCAAAACUAGUAUGAAAAGUUCGUCUUCGGUGGCGAACAGCGGUGCUGUAACUUCCACCACCACUACGCCUUCCUCAACGUUCAUCCCAAAUGCCAAUACCAAUGUCAAACAAGAACAUUCGGACGAUUUAGAAUUUCUACCAGAACACGCCUCAAUCACACGAAGUCCUUUCCCAACACUUAAAAUGGACACCGAUUCCAAUGAAGAAGAUGCAGCUCCAGCCAGAAAUGCCUCAGCAUCCAACAUUUGUAGCGAUGAAGACUGUAAAAUUGAUAUUGUUGCGAAUUUGGUUACGGAACCCACUGAAGACACAAACGAAAUUCCCCGUCCAGUGCCACUACCAUUAAAUGCAGCUUGGACUAGAGAUGAGGAUAAAGUAAUUUUAAUUGAAAUGAAGUUGGGCUCAACAAAUCGGGAAGAACUAUACCGACGUAUUGCAACAAAGCUGCCAAGACGGACUUUAUUCGAAAUAACGGCCAGACAUCAAUUCCUUGUGGAUUUUCUGGCAAAGCUACAAGGCAAAUAGAUUUUAUGUUAUAUGUUUUAUUUAAGUUAGCUUUAGUUUACUACAGCUGUAUAUAGUUAUUGUUAAAAUGUUUUUAAUUUUAAUAAAUUACAAGACAUUGAAGUGUUUUUCCCCAAAAAGGAAA